GGAAAGAACGCAGUGAUAUAAACGACGCACAGGAACUAAACAAGUCAAACACAAAAACUGUCCAUAGAGCAGUCCAAGAUGGUUUUAGAGUUAAUUGCCAGGAUAAUUAAAGUCCAGCUUCCAGCGUAUCUCAAGAAGCUUCCGGUACCGGAGUCGCUGAGCGGUUUUAUACGUUUAACAGUGUCUGACUGGCUUCGGUUGCUGCCUCUCCUGGGUAUCCUGGGUUUGCUGGGUUUUCUGACUGUUCGGCCGUUCAUGCCUACAAGGAAGAAGCAGAGAGACUGCCUGAUCAACCUGAAGAUCCAGAAGGAAAACCCCAAAGUGGUCAAUGAGAUAGACAUUGAGGAUCUGAACUGUACAAAUGUGUGUUACUGCCGCUGCUGGCGCUCCAAAACGUUUCCUGUUUGUGACAAGUCGCACAUAAAGCACAAUGAGCUGACUGGAGACAACGUGGGACCGCUCAUACUCAAAAAGAAGAUCCUAUAAUCGACCGCUGAUGGGAGUUUUCCUCUCACCUCCUCACAGCCUUCACAUUUAUGACUUCUUUUGACGAGAAAGGGUCAUGGUUUUGCCUUAGUGACAUGCUCAUCUCUUUAUCAGACAUGUGGAUGUGUCUUUUUUUGUGCAGUUUGGGAAGUUUUAUUUUUGAUUUUCUAUGCCUUUUUGUUCAUUGUCUGCUUUUGUUACUUACCAACCUUUUUCUGUGUAAAUGUCAAAUCCAUUUUUGCCACGUCUCUGUCUUUUGGAAUUAGAUACACAUCAUUGGGACCACUUUAAGGGAAACACUUGAAACAUUACUGCAGUGACUUUAUAAGGAGUUCUGAACACAUCAUGGGGAAAGAAAGGAUGUUUUCUAGUGAACUAGUUUGUUAUAACGAAAUGCUAAAUACCAAUUCAAUGCGUGAUCCAAACUUUAUUUAAUUGGAUUAUUCUUUGGUGUCCUAUUAGUAUUAUUUAACAGCCAACCGUUUUUAGCUUUCGUUCGCCUUGGGAUUUUCUGUGCCAAACAUUACCUUGCAUUUCGGAGGUGAUAUAUUCCCUUAUAAGUUAUUUUGCGUAUGGGAGGCUACUUAUUAUUCAUCAGACAUACUGUAUUUUGUGUAUUGCUUUUGACUUUAAAAGCAGUUGAGUUUUACAAUUUUUUUUUUCCAGCUGUUUUCUUCAAACAUUUCAAGUCACUGAACUGUUGAGACAUUUCCAGUUAUCUAAACCUUGCAGCUCUUAGGUUUCAGAUAGUAAAUUACACAACAUUAGUGUCUAUUGUUUCUCUCAGUGUCUGUCUUGUCAGAAAGGUUGUGUAUAGUUUACCUCCUGCCCAUUGAGUUUAACUCUUUAUAUUCAUUGAUAUUUUAUGUAUACAUGGUUUAUAUUUUCAGGUAUGUUUUCAUGAAUCAUGUGAAUUAUGAUAUUAAAUGUAAAAAAAAAAAAAAAAAAGUCAAGAUGUUCAACCUGGUAGUUGUUUCAACAGAAUUGCACCUUCAUUCCCUCCUCUCCUUUAUUUUUGUGACCUGGGAACUCUUCUUGUGACCUUAAGUUGAAAUAUUAUUGAAUGACAUGGAAGCUGAAUACACAACAUCACUUUGCAAAUAUGUUUGGCUUAUUUCUUCUUGGAAAACUUGCAUCCACAUUCACACAUUCUACAGGAGGGAUUAGUUUACGGCAUGUCAACAAACAUAUCCUCAAAAUAAACAAGAACUAUCAGCAUGUAAAGUACCUCUAUGCUGCCAGGAAAAAAUAAAUAAAUAAAUAAAAAUAGCUUUUUACCCGAUUUAAGGUUAUGCAUAUGUUGGGUCUUAAGGAAUUUAGCACAUAUACAAAUAAUUUUCAAUCUAGCUGAUUUAAACAAAGAUUUAGGAUUAUCUGCACAAAUGUAACCUGCGUGAUACUAGAUUUGGCAAGUUCCUCAUUUUUGCAGCCAUCUGUGCUCAGCUGUAUAAUUUUAGAAAUAAUUUCUCAAACUACAACUUUUAAGGCAAUGAAAUACAGCAUAAUCUUGACAUACAUAUAAUCAAACUGUCAAAACAUAGUGCAGAAUAGUAAUUUAUACUUUCUAGUAUAUAUACAGAAUGUGACAGAAAGUUCUUGUUCAGUUUUGUCCAUUUAUUGUUCAAAGAAUAUCUGGUAAAAAAACUAAUGCUCAGUUCUGGAAAUGUAUCAUAAAUAGUUCCUAAAAACACAUAAAAACCUUUUCAAUGAGGCCAUUUAAAAACAAAUUAAAACAUCUUAAGUUACACUGCAUACUUCGGUAAUAAAAAAAAAAAUCAAAUAUAUAACAAAGCUAUUUCAUUUCUUUCAUAAUCAAACUGAAGAAUAUCAUGAAAUGUGGGUAUUUAAAACAUGAGCGUGACUGUUGUUGAGUAGUCGUAGCAUUAAAAGUGUAGGACAGUAGUGCACAUCAAAUACAUGAGUUUUAGCAGCAUUGUGUAUGAACCAAAUGGAAAGUGUUGUGGAUCAUUCUUGUAUCUUCUGAGUUUUGUAAACUACACAAACCUUUGCCAUCACACAGCUAACACAUAAUUUAAUGAAACAUCUCACACACAAACACACAGAUGUAAAAAUAAAGCAUUGAGUGCAGAAAACUAAAGUCUUAAAUGUCAAAUGUGGAGACUAGUUUAAAAUAACACAAUAUGGCUACUGUCAGUACAUUCAAUUAGGUACCCCCCCCCC